GGCAGCUGUGCGUGCUAGCUAAAUAAAUAAAAAACACUUUGGCUCCGCACUUAGGUCUGCCAAUUUUGUCUUCUCGAUAAAGGUUCCAGUAAGAAAUGCCUCGUCCAAAGCGCACGUUGUCUCGGAAGAGCACUUAUAAGAUGGAGUCAGAGUCUUCUUCAGAUAGCGAUUUUGAUGAAGAUCCAGACAAAAUUGAAGUACCAGGAGGUGGUAAAGACCUGGAUGCACUGAAAACAGAUCCAUUAAAAUUGGAUGACAUCAAGCAAGAGGGCGGAAUCGGACCCACCGGUUCAAAACUAGGACUAGUAACCAAAGAUCCAAAAGCAGGAGGGUUUGAGACACUGAAGUUACCACCAGCGCCAGGAGGUGGGCUACCAAUGCCACCACAGAUGCCCUUUGGAGGCCAGUUUAACCACCAGGCACUGUUUGGUCCACAAAGCCUGUUUGCAGGCAUGAAUCCUGCUCAACUAUUACAACAGACAUUUGAAUAUGGCUCGCUUGGUGCAUCAAUUUUAAAUCCUUUCAUGUUUGCAUCGGGGUCCCAUUUGCCAAAUGGUCCAGUCUUGCAGCAAUUGAUGAACAUGGGCGCAUGGGGACCAGGAGGACCAAAAGCGUGGCCAAAAGCAGAGCCUAAAGGACCUCUGGAUGAAGAAGAAGCUGCAGAGGAAGAAGAAGAAAUGGGAGUUGCGGAAACAUAUGCUGACUACAUGCCUACAAAAUCCAAGGUUGGCAAAAAGCACCCAGACCCUGUGGUGGAAACCGCAUCACUGUCAUCUGUGGCACCCACAGAUGUCUUUUAUGAGUUGCAAAUUCCUGACGAAACCAUCAGGACUGGAUCCCUUUCAGCACUGCAGCUGGAAGCCAUUAUUUAUGCAUCACAGCAACACACCCACUUCUUACCAGAUGGUUCUAGGGCAGGAUUCCUAAUUGGUGAUGGUGCUGGCGUUGGCAAGGGCAGGACUAUCGCUGGAAUCAUUUAUGAAAACUACAUACGUGGUAGAAAGAAAGCUCUUUGGAUCUCGGUCUCCAAUGACCUUAAAUAUGAUUCAGAAAGGGAUUUGCGAGACAUUGGUGCAUCCAAGAUUGAAGUGUAUGCAUUAAACAAACUUAAAUAUGCCAAGAUCUCUUCUCCAGUCAACAAUAAUGUCAAGAAAGGUGUAAUUUUCUCUACAUAUUCUGCAUUGAUUGGAGAGUCAAACCAGAGCGGUGGAAAAUAUAAAUCUCGCCUGAAGCAACUUGUUCAGUGGUGUGGAGAAGACUUCGAUGGAUGUAUCAUCUUUGAUGAGUGUCACCGUGCCAAGAAUCUUUGCCCAGUCGGCUCAUCCAAACCCACCAAGACAGGCUUGACCGUGCUGGAAAUUCAGAAGCGACUGCCAAAAGCCAGGGUGGUUUACGCAUCAGCCACUGGUGCAUCUGAGCCACGAAACAUGGCUUACAUGGUCCGCCUAGGAAUGUGGGGCGAAGGAUCUCCAUUCAGAGAGUUCAAUGACUUCAUCUUGGCAGUGGAAAAGCGUGGCGUGGGCGCAAUGGAAAUCGUUGCCAUGGAUAUGAAGCUGAGAGGCAUGUACAUCGCUCGGCAGCUCUCCUUCCAUGGCGUGUCGUUUAAAAUCGAAGAGGUCAAACUCACUGACAAGUUCAUGAACGUGUAUGACCAGUCAGUAAAGCUGUGGGUAGAGGCCAUGCGAAAAUUCCAGGACGCGGCUGAGCUGGUGGACGCUGAGCAGCGCAUGAAGAAGACUAUGUGGGGUCAAUUUUGGUCAUCCCACCAGCGUUUCUUCAAGUACCUCUGCAUUGCUGCUAAAGUCAGCCAUGCUGUCCAACUUGCUAGGGAGGCUAUCAAGUAUGGCAAAUGUGUGGUCAUUGGUCUGCAGAGCACUGGAGAGGCAAGGACUCUUGAACAGCUGGAGAAAGAUGAUGGAGAGCUUUCUGACUUUGUUUCCACAGCCAAGGGUGUCAUGCAAACUCUGGUGGAGAAACACUUCCCUGCUCCAGACAGGAACAGAAUCCAGCGUCUCCUUGGUAUUGAGCCUCCGUCAAAGUCAGCCAAUGGAGGGCUUCCUCCCGCGACUGAUGACGAUCCGCAGGCUGGAAGCAGCAGUGGAAACAAACGCAAACCAUUGCGUCGUGCGGCUGCCAAGGCGAACAAGAGAGUUCGCAUGGAUUCUGAGUCUGGAAGCGACGCUCGUAGCAGUGGUUCAGAAUUCAAGAUCUCGUCAUCAGAUGACUCCGAGAGUGAGGAACACUCAGAAGAGGAGUCAAACUCUGAUGACUUUAAUCCAUUUGACGAAGACAGUGACUCGGACGCUGACCCGUGGGUCAAGAAACGCAAAGGACCCAAGCCAAAGGACAAAGUGGCCAAGCACCUCGCAUCCAAAGUCAAGGCUGCUCACAAUGCAGCGACUGCCUCCUCUGCCAACUCUGCGGCAUCGCAGAAGCCUUGGGCGCCACCUCGAGACGCCAUCGAAAGAGCUUGUGCCAUGAAAGAAGAGCUGCUGGCAGCCAUUGAGCGACUUGGCGACAAACUGCCUCCAAAUACCCUUGACCAACUGAUUGACGAGUUAGGAGGGCCAGAGAACGUGGCUGAAAUGACAGGCAGGAAAGGUCGUGUCGUCCAGAAUGAAGACGGCUCCAUCCAGUACGAGUCGCGCUCUGAGGCUGACGUUCCGCUGGAAACACUCAACCUCACAGAGAAGCAGCGCUUCAUGGACGGAGAGAAAGAUGUGGCCAUCAUCUCUGAGGCAGCCAGCAGUGGUAUUUCUUUACAAAGCGACAGACGUGCCAAGAACCAAAGGCGGCGAGUCCACAUCACGCUGGAGUUGCCAUGGAGUGCUGACCGUGCCAUCCAGCAAUUUGGACGUACCCACCGUAGUAACCAGGUAAAUGCACCUGAAUACGUGUUCCUGAUCUCUGACCUUGCUGGAGAGCGGCGCUUCGCCUCAAUCGUGGCCAAACGCUUAGAGAGCCUCGGCGCUUUGACUCAUGGUGACCGACGUGCAACCGAAUCACGUGACCUCUCUCAGUUCAACAUUGACAACAAGUACGGCCGCACGGCGCUGGAGGCCACAAUGAAAGCAAUCAUGGGCUAUGAGGCACCUUUAGUAGCGCCGCCUUCAGACUACCAGGGCGAUUUCUUCAAGGAUGUCGCCGAUGCCCUUGUUGGUGUUGGUCUCAUCACCGGCUCUGACGCGACACCAGGCAUGCUGGCCCUGGACAAAGACUACAAUAACAUGAGCAAGUUCCUUAAUAGAAUCCUUGGCAUGCCUGUCGAGCUGCAAAACAGGCUCUUCAAAUACUUUGCCGACACCUUGGCGGCCAUCGUACAGCAGGCCAAGAAGACCGGCCGAUAUGACCUCGGCAUUCUGGAUCUGGGUGCCGGUGGCGAGCACGUCAAGAGGGUGCGAGUUGUCACUUUCCUUAGGCCCCACGCCACUGGAAAGGCCGUCACAGAGCUUCACACUGUGUCUGUUGAGCGAGGCAUGUCCUGGGAGGAGGCUGAAGAGAAGGCUUCACUUCUCAUGCACAAGGACGAGGGCUACUACCUGAGCCACCAGAUACGCAACGAGAAACACACAGCCAUUUUGGCCAUAUCAGAGCAGGCCAAGCACAAGGACAAGAAGGACAAAAAGGACAGCCUUUUCACAGUUUACCGACCAAAUACUGGACUUCAGCUGCGUCAGGAGACUCGAGGAGAGCUUCUGAAGAAAUACAAAAAAGCCACAUCUGAAGAAGUAGAGGCGGCUUGGAAGGAGCAGUAUGUUGCGUCAGAGAAGAUCUGCUCGCACGCAUACUGGCGUGGCAACUGCCGUUCUGUCGUCAUUGGUGGUGAAUGCGAAGUAGGUCUCCGCAGACGCACCUAUCACGUGUUGUCUGGCUCGGUGCUGGCUGUAUGGAGCAGGGUCGAGGGUGUUUUGGCCAACAGAGCCAACGCCAAGAUGCAGGUCAUCCGCCUCCGCACUGCAGAGGGGCUCAAAAUUGUUGGUACUCUGAUUCCAACCUCUUGCUACGAACUACUCAAGGGGACACUGGCUUCCGACUCUGAGAAGACCGAGGAGCAGACUUUCUAGAGGUGACGCCUCGUGGACUGUGAUUUUCAGUUUAAAAUAACUUUUAGCUAUAGUUUACUCAGUUACUUCUGCUCCACAAACACUCACUUGUGCAUUCUCAUUUUCAUUCCUUUUGUAAGAGCCAUUGAUGCGGAAAGAAAGAGCGAUUGAAGAAAUUUUUAUUUGUUUAGCUAAUAAAUGAAUUAAAUAUUUGAUUGUCAUUAGAAAUGAAUGUCACUUUUUUCUGCUACACACUGGCUCAGUAGACUCCUUAAUUAGUUAGUUGUCCCGAAAGUUGAGAUCAGCCAGGGUAAACAUGAGUUGACAUAACCCAUCAUUUGGUUAUGCGAUCAAUGUGCAUUAAAUUAAUGAAAACUACGACUUUUGGAUACUUGAAA